AACGGCUCCACGCUCAACAACAACAAUCCACCCGCGUCCUUCGUCCUUCUCCGGCAAAAAAGCGGCAUCAUGGCUUUCCUUUCAAACUUCCGCACCAAAAUCCUCUCUUGGUGGCAAGAUACGCCUUUGCCAGCUGGGACGCCCGCGUCCUUCCAGUCAUGGCACGAAUUCGAUGAAAACGGCAAUCGAUGGCGUGUCGUAGACUCUGCACAAGAGACGCCCUCAGACGACCAAGAUGGACAAGAAGCGACUGACCGGCCAUAUACCCUUGUGACCUGGAAUGUGGACUACUCCUCACCCCUUCCAGGGCAACGUUUCUCAGCCAUUCUCUCGCAUGCUCUCUCCCUCUCUCCAGCUGUUGAUGUCAUAUUUCUCCAAGAACUCUCUCGCGAAGGCUUCAUGGUCCUGUUGAACGAACCCGAGAUCCGCCGGCGUUGGUUUCUUAGCGAUGCAGACGCCGUCCUUCCGGCUGGACAAUCAUUUACAACUAUCACUCUUCUCUCCAAGGUGCGCUUCCAGAAACCCGGUCCUGUGUGGAGAGUCAAAUAUCCAAGCCGCUUCGGACGGGAUGCGCUGUGCUGUGACGUUUUCGCCCCGUCGGCUGCUGGUAACGGUAAACCUGGCGAAGGUGCCCGCAUUCGACUCGUCAACGUACAUUUAGACUCUCUCCCCAUCCAACCCUCCCUUCGACCCAAGCAAGUCUCUGUAAUCGCCGCCCUGCUACGUAGUGCAGGCCGGGGCAUUGUUGCAGGGGACUUCAACCCAGUGUUGCCCGCCGAUAGCACGCUCGUCGAGGACAAUGGGCUUGUUGAUGCAUGGGUUGAGCUCCACCCUGGCAAUCCUGGUUUUACUUGGGGUGUUGACGGGAAGGAGCCGUUUCCACCGAACCGUAUGGACAAGGUUGCUGUAGCUGGGCUGAGGGCGCAAGACGUCGGGAUCCUAUCACCGGGCAACAUAAUAAGGGAAGACCACGUGGGAGAGCCCGCCGAUAGAGUGGUGGCUUGGAGUGACCAUUCGGGUCUAAAAUGUACAUUUAAGCUAGUUGAGCUGUAGGAGCGGUUGUUAUUUCUUUUAUGCCCGCGGUGCUAGACGGCAUGUUUCACUCGCAGGUUCUCUGCCUUCCGGCGAUGGGGGACCCUGUAAUUACCGUUGUACUAGUCUUGGGGUUGGGAGGUCUGACGCUCCUAGAGUUCGGAGAGUGGGUGGGUGUAGAUGUCGGCAACAUUAGAGAACUAAAG